AAGAGAAGAAGAAGAAGAAGAAGAAGAAGAAAUACUAGCAGCGCAGUAGAGUUGGAGCAUAAUAGGCCGUUUGUGAUGAACUUUUAAAGUUUGUCUGUGUGUGGAAGAGAGAGGAGACAGAAACAUGGCUAAAACCACCGUUGCCGCUGAGCUAGAGAUCAUUUUGGCUAGCAGUAGUGAAGAUGAUGGUGAAUCAGAACCUGAAGGCUUUGACUCAUCGGAAGAAGAAGAAUACUGGGACAACAAGGAUCCAUUUGAAGAUGGGGAGGAUUCACAGCAGCCAGAACUUCCAUCGGUGCCUGCCACCAUGUCAAGAUCUACCGCUGAUCAAGGUCCAGCAAAGAGGACUCGUAGAGAACACGUACUUCCCACAGAGCCAAUAGCAGCCCAUGUACCAUCAUCCCCACCUACACAGCAGCCAGCGUCACUGUCUUGGAAGACAGACAAAGACCCCGACACUGCACCCCCUGUCCCCAGUUUCAAACCUGCUCGCACACCCGGGCCACAGCUCAGCUCCAGAUGGAAAUACAAAUCCUUUGACCUGUUCAAACUUUUUUUCAGUGCACAAACAGUACAGACAAUUUGUAUCAACACAAACAAACAAGCUGCAAAGCAGAUGGGAAACGGGAAAAAAUACAAAUGGAUUGAUUUGACUGUAGAUGAUUUUUAUAAAUACAUGGGGCUGCUUCUAUACAUGGCCCUGCUGAAACUGGACACGGUAUUGGAUUACUGGAGGCAGGAUCAUUUUUUGUCAGUGCCUCUGCCAGCACAGGUCAUGUCACGUGACAGAUACAGGACAAUAUCCUGGAACCUACAUCUCAGCGACCCUGGUGAGGAUGUCCAAAACGACAGCAAAAAGGGCACACCUGAUCAUGACAGACUGUUCCGAUUGAAACCCCUCAUGGACAGCAUCAAGACUGCGUGUAUGUCCUAUUACCAUCCCCAUAAAUACCUGGCUGUGGAUGAGAGGAAGCUUGACUCCAAGGCCAAGACUGUAUUACCCCUGUAAUGAAGGCCAAACCUGACCAAGUGGGGAUUCAAGCUGUUCGCCUUAACCGACUCGAAGUAAAUGGCUUACACACGUAGACUUGUUUCCGUUUACACCGGCAAAGCGACAUUCUGCUCCGGACAUGGCCUGUCGUAUGAUGUGGUAAUGUCUCUGGUGCAUGCAGGUUACCUUGGGACAGGUUACCAUAUUUACAUGGACAAUUUUUACACCAGCCCAAAGCUGUUCAAGGCUCUCCAUGCCCUAAAGUUCGCUGCCUGUGGGACCUACAGAGAAAACUGCAAGGACUGCCCAAGGACACAGACUAACGCUCUAACA